UUGUGUGCAGGGGAUUUCAAGGACUUAACAGGGAGGAACAAGUGCCUACAGUAGAUAUUGUCAUUUGUGUACUUAUGGACUACAGAGACACGAUGUGCGCAGCGUAACUUGUGAUAGAACCUUGAAUGAAGACAAAGAUGUGAGUUUGUACUGCUUUUUCACAAAAACCAUAUUCAACCUCACUGAAGUGAUCCCUGAAGAAUACGGCCCUCACGCUUCACAUAAGGCUGUUCCAUUGCAUGUGACGCAGCUCUCUACAACAACUGCUCUGCCUUGUCUCAUUUUGGGGUUUUUUUUCCUGACAAGAAAGAGAGAAAGUAUCUCCAAAGGCUCGGAUGCAUUUGUCAAUGGAUACGCUCGGAAUAGUGGACGACAGUUGCCUGGACAACUAUGAUAUGGCAAAAGGUGCUGGUUCAAGCACUGGAGGUAGGGUCCACAGCAUUGAUGUCAUACUGGGAUUCACUAAAGACCAGGACCCUUUACUCCAUUCAGUAGGAGAUGAUGAGGGCCAAAAAGCCAACGGAGAAAACCCACAGCACCCUGAGAAGCAAGACCCAUCAGAUCCCUAUGGCCAUCUUUCAGAGCUGCGUGACAGCUCUCAACAUUCUUCCUAUCAUGAAUCAGACCUUUUCUCCAGUGACAAGUGUGACGGAGAAAUGAGCAACAUGCAAAAGGAGGAAGACAUUGCUGAGGGAUCUCCCGACAUGGCCAAAGAGGAGGAGCACGCUAAAAAGAAACACAGAAGGAACCGUACGACCUUCACCACCUAUCAGCUUCAUGAGCUGGAGCGAGCCUUUGAGAAAUCUCACUACCCAGACGUCUACAGCCGUGAGGAGUUGGCAAUGAAGGUCAACUUGCCUGAGGUUCGGGUUCAGGUGUGGUUUCAGAACCGGAGGGCCAAGUGGAGACGUCAAGAAAAGAUGGACACCAGCACCAUGAAGCUGCACGAUUCCCCUAUGCUAUCCUUCAAUCGUCCACCGAUGCCUCCCAACGUGGGGCCAGUGGCUAACCCGAUGCCCCUAGAUCCCUGGCUCACCUCACCCAUUUCCAGUGCCACACCCAUGCAUACCAUCCCAGGGUUCAUGGGCUCACCUCAGGGCCUGCAGCCAGCCUAUCCGAGCCACAGCUUUCUCAACACCCCACCUGGCAUGGUCCAAAGUAUGCAGCCCAUGGGCCCACCUCCCUACCAGUGCCCGCCCAGCUUCAACGACAAAUACCCAAUGGAGGAUGACAGGAGUUCCAGCAUCGCAGCACUCAGGAUGAAGGCCAAAGAGCACAUUCAGUCAAUGGAUAAAACCUGGCAGCACAUGUGACCUGAUGAAGCACUUUUGAGUUGCUCCAGUGAAUGUUUACAAACUUCUUUUCGACUGUUUAUUUCAUACAACGGAGAGGAUUCAUGAAGACAAGGAGUUCAAAAGUCAGAUAUUUUUCAAUGACACUAAAGAAUAACUCUGGAAAUUAAUUUCUUGGGAUUUUUUAAAAUUCACUUUAAAAAUGUUAUUAAUUUUGUAUGAACAACUUAUCAACCCUGAGGGAAAAUGAUCAAACCUCUGUGGGUCAAUUUUCUUUAGACUUGGACGGGAAAGAGUUUUCCUGCCUUAUACACGACUUUUAAAGGACCUCCUUACCAGACAUAUACAUUUUAACUGCUACACUGUUUGGGAACACACUCUUGUUUUAAUAAAAGACAAUCCUCUACAUUAAUGUUUUGAUCGACACUUCAAAAUUAUGUGUCAAGACUAAUUUUGUAUGUUUUCAUGCAUUUCAGACAGCACCAACAAACUGCAAUAUAGUAUAUGAAAGGCUAAGUGGAGCCUUGUAGCAACAUUUUUGUAUUUGGAGUUAUAACGUGAUGACAAAUUUCAGCAAUUUAAACAAGUUUCCUGUCUUAAAUGUGGGGUGUUCUGACUGUUAUGUGGAUGUGAGGUACUUUAUAAAUGAGGUAAUACUGACUUUAGUCUGUGUACCUUGUUGUAAGAUUUUGCUGCUCACUUUAAGUGAUAAUAUCUUCAUGAGGAUUGAUGAACACUGCUGCGCUUUGACAUGGUUUGCUGGUACAGUUUCUAGUUCUCAAAAUUAUAUAGCUUUGGUAUAAAUUUUGUUUGUUUUAACAGAUUUCUCUCCCUGUAUGUCUGUUUGGUUGCGUUUACUCUUUGUCCAUCUUUUGAACAAAUGUGCACCAAUGGUUGGUCAUUUCUACUAUAUUUUCUACUAUAGUUUCUUAAAGUGAAAAGAAAGUGGGCACAGAUGUGUAUUUCAUAACCUCUUCUCCCACAUACAUCUAAGUUUGAUUUGGGUUUAAAGGCAAUAUUUGUAUUUUUUUUACUUAAAUUAUUAAAAUGGCCUUUUGGAGAGCAUUUAGACCUGAUGGGGGAGGUUGUCGGAAGUCACAGAGCGUAAUCUGGCUCAGAGGCUAAUUUAAACAGACAAGCAUACCUCUUAACACCUAAUUACUGCUUUUAAAGCGAUUAACCCCGGAUUCUCAGCCAUAGACAGGAUGCCCUCAGAUGCACCUGAAAAACCCUUUUCAAGACCUGAUUAACUUUGCCCCUCCCCUCAAACUUGCCAAUUUAUAUUAUCUCUAAUUUACAGAAACAGCACAACAUAUCAAUGUUCUUUAUUGUGCACUGUCUUAAUCUUCAUCCUUGGUAAAGGAUGCUCCUCAUUUCAUUGUUGACAAAAUAUUCACUGAAGUCAGGUGGAUUUAGAGUGAGAAAGUUAAUGGGAGCUGGCAACUUCUCUUACCUCUUGAAAGUAGAACAGUUUGAUGUAACUAGAGGGAGAUGACGUUGAGAUGACGUUGCACUGACGCUGCUCAGAUAAAUACUGUGAGGUCAUGGUGAUAAUGCGUGUCUGUUUUUAUAAUGUAUUUGGUGUGUGUGCAUUGCAGUGAUGCAGAGGGGUGCUGGGCAAGCAAAGCACUAUUGAACACUCUGGCUGUGCUUUGAAGCAAAUCUAUCCGUCAGUGGAAAUCUACUGUGGACACCAUAAUGAAGUUUAAGGAACAGUUAUCAUCUACAUCACUACAGAACAUUAACUGUGUAUGAUGGCCUUUAGAAAUGGCAGCAUCUACACUGUCAGUUUUAUAGGUUUGGUUUUAUAUUUAGUUAUAAUCCCUGUUGACAACAGUGGACUAAAAGCCAAAGAAACAAAAAGGCACAUUUCUUAUUAACAGAGAACACAUUUAUGAAUGUGUAUGGUUGUUUAUUAUUUUAAAGCAUUUUUUUCAUCAGUUUUCAACAU